UCUAGAUACAUCCAUUUCUCCGACGAGUAAUUUGAAACAGAGGGAGUAUAUUAUUAGCUUAUUUAUGCUAUCCCUGCAUUAUCUGGAGCACAAUCUCACAUUUUUUUUUUCUUUUUAGGUUAUGCGAAGUGGGAUUCCAAAUUUCUGUGCGGUAGCUCUAGCACUCCAUGACUUAGGGUACAAGGCAUCUGGUAUCAGAUUAGACUCUGGUGAUCUAGCCUAUCUGUCUAUUGAAACUCGAAAAGUUUUUCAUGCAAUAGAAAAGGAAUUCAAUAUACCUGGUUUCGGGAAGAUGAUCAUUACUGCUAGCAAUGACCUGAAUGAGGAAACAAUUGAUGCUCUGAACAAGCAGGGUCAUGAAGUUGAUGCCUUUGGAAUCGGAACUUAUCUUGUAACGUGUUAUUCCCAAGCUGCUCUUGGAUGUGUCUUUAAGCUAGUUGAGAUCAACAGUAGACCUCGUAUCAAACUUUCUGAGGAUGUGGCAAAAGUCUCUAUUCCAUGCAAAAAGCGGUGUUUCAGAUUGUAUGGAAAAGAAGGCUAUCCGUUGGUAGACAUCAUGAUACGUGAAAGUGAACCAUCACCAAAGGCAGGAGAGAGAAUUCUUUGCCGCCAUCCGUUCCUUGAAUCCAAGAGGGCUUAUGUUGUCCCCCAGCAUGUUGAGGAGCUGCUACAUUGCUACUGGCCUGGGAGUUCAGAUAAACCUAGAGCAGAGCUGCCCCCGCUGCUGAAGAUCAGAAGCCGCUGUAUGCAACAGCUCGAAAAACUUCGACCGGAUCACAUCAGACGGCUAAAUCCGACACCUUACAAGGUGAGUGUGAGUGCAAAGCUGUACGAGUUCAUCCAUUACCUAUGGCUGAACGAGGCGCCAGUAGGCGAAUUACAGUAGAUGGCUGCACAAGUUGGAGUCAGACGACAUUCUUGCAAGCAUAGCAAUUGCAAUACGUUAUACUACGUCAAAGAAAAGUUAGAGCUCUGUUGUUGUACAACAUGGCGAUCCAUCAGCUCAAUAGCCCCAUCUCGUAGAAUUUCAUUCUUGAUACCCAAUUUCCAUUUGUACAAAUUCAUUGCCAGUAUAAAGGCAGGCAGAUCAGUUUACUACCCCUUGGCUGGUGGAAUACUAUAUAUAUGAGGUGUUAUGGAAUUACUGUAUUAAAGAAUAAGAAUCAGUUGAGAGGAA